AUGUCUCAAGAGAUGGGAGAGCUCACCCAAACCAGGUUGCAGAAGAUCUGGAUUCCACACAGCAGCGGAAGCAGCGGGCUGCAACGGAGGAGGGGCUCAACCAUACCCCAGUUUACCAAUUCCCCUACAAUGGUGAUCAUGGUGGGUUUACCAGCUCGAGGAAAGACCUACAUCUCCACGAAGCUGACAAGAUAUCUCAACUGGAUAGGAACACCAACUAAAGUGUUUAAUUUAGGCCAGUAUCGCCGAGAAGCAGUGAGCUACAAGAACUACGAAUUCUUUCUCCCAGACAACAUGGAGGCCCUACUUAUCAGGAAGCAGUGUGCCCUGGAAGCCCUGAAAGAUGUCCGUGACUAUCUCAGCCAUGAGGAAGGUCAUGUUGCGGUUUUUGAUGCCACCAACACUACCAGAGAACGACGGUCACUGAUUCUGCAGUUUGCUAAAGAACAUGGUUACAAGGUCUUUUUCAUUGAGUCCAUCUGUAAUGACCCUGGCAUCAUUGCAGAAAACAUUAGGCAAGUGAAACUUGGCAGCCCUGAUUACAUAGACUGUGACAGGGAAAAAGUUCUGGAAGACUUUCUAAAGAGAAUCGAGUGCUACGAGGUCAACUACCAACCCUUGGAUGAUGAACUGGACAGCCACCUGUCCUACAUCAAGAUCUUCGACGUGGGCAUGCGCUACAUGGUGAACCGAGUGCAGGACCACAUUCAAAGUCGCACAGUCUACUAUCUCAUGAACAUUCACGUCACACCUCGCUCCAUCUACCUAUGCCGGCACGGUGAGAGUGAACUCAACCUCAGAGGCCGCAUCGGAGGUGACUCUGGUCUCUCAGCUCGAGGCAAGCAGUAUGCCUAUGCCCUGGCCAACUUCAUUCGAUCCCAGGGCAUCAGCUCUCUGAAGGUGUGGACCAGCCACAUGAAGAGGACUAUCCAGACAGCUGAGGCCCUGGGUGUCCCCUACGAGCAGUGGAAGGCCCUGAAUGAGAUUGAUGCGGGUGUCUGUGAGGAAAUGACCUAUGAGGAAAUCCAGGAACACUACCCUGAAGAAUUUGCACUUCGGGACCAAGAUAAAUAUCGAUACCGCUAUCCCAAGGGAGAGUCCUAUGAGGAUCUGGUUCAGCGUCUGGAGCCAGUUAUAAUGGAGCUCGAACGGCAGGAAAAUGUACUGGUGAUCUGCCACCAGGCUGUCAUGCGGUGCCUCCUGGCCUACUUCCUGGAUAAGAGUUCAGAUGAGCUGCCGUAUCUCAGGUGCCCUCUGCACACAGUGCUCAAACUCACACCUGUGGCUUAUGGCUGCAAAGUGGAGUCCAUUUACCUGAACGUGGAGGCCGUAAACACACACCGGGAGAAGCCUGAGAAUGUGGACAUCACCCGAGAAUCUGAGGAAGCCCUGGACACCGUCCCUGCCCACUACUGAGGCCUUUCCAAGAGGUUAAACUGCCACUGUCCUCACUGUCUUCUACCUUUAAGAGCUCCUAUCCUUGCUCUUCUCCUACCCUGAGAAGACUCUAGACUUGGCCACACUGGAAGGGCCCCUCAGCAAAUUCAAAACAGGUCUCAAUUUCUAGCUA